CACUCUGGGCAUCCCCGCCCGGCGGAGCCCCUGGCCGGGAGAGGAAGGAUGAGCCCCAGCACUUGCUCCAGCUGACUGGUCUGAGGGCACCUGAGCGUCCUGGCACAUACCUGAGGUAUGGCUCUGCUCAUCGCCUGGGUAUGCCUCGCUGUGAGUUCGGCGGCGGUGCUGGGGGACCAGGGCGGCGGGGGGGACCUCUACUUGGAAAACAUCACUCGGAUCCUCGACAAGCUGCUGGACGGCUACGACAACAGGCUGCGGCCGGGGUUCGGAGGCGCUGUGACUGAAGUCAAAACGGACAUCUACGUGACCAGCUUUGGGCCGGUGUCCGACGUGGAGAUGGAAUACACAAUGGACGUCUUCUUUCGGCAGACGUGGACUGAUGAGAGGUUGAAGUUUAGUGGGCCAACUGAAAUUUUGAGAUUGAAUAAUUUAAUGGUCAGUAAAAUUUGGACACCAGACACGUUCUUUAGAAAUGGAAAAAAAUCAAUUGCUCAUAAUAUGACAACUCCUAACAAACUUUUCAGAAUUAUGCAGAAUGGAACUAUUCUUUACACAAUGAGACUAACCAUUAAUGCUGAUUGUCCUAUGCGGUUGGUGAACUUCCCUAUGGAUGGACAUGCUUGUCCAUUGAAGUUUGGAAGCUAUGCUUACCCAAAAAGUGAAAUAAUUUAUACAUGGAAAAAAGGACCCCUGCAUUCAGUAGAAGUACCACAGGAGUCUUCCAGUCUCCUCCAGUAUGACCUCAUAGGACAAACUGUAUCUAGUGAAACAAUUAAAUCUAACACAGGCGAAUAUUCACUUCAGCUGCUCUAUUUCCAUCUUCAAAGGAAAAUAGGCUACUAUCUCAUUCAGACAUACAUUCCAUGCAUCAUGACUGUAGUCCUGUCUCAAGUUGUGUUUUGGAUCAACAAAGAAUCUGUUCCAGCGAGAACUGUGGCUGGAAUCACUACAGUUCUAACAAUGACCACCUUAAGCAUCAGUGCACGCCAUUCUUUGCCCAAGGUGUCCUAUGCUACCGCAAUGGAUUGGUUCAUAGCUGUGUGCUUUGCCUUUGUCUUCUCUGCACUUAUUGAGUUUGCAGCUGUCAACUACUUUACCAAUCUUCAGACUCAGAGAGCAAUGAGGAAGGCAGCCAGGGCAGCAGCACUGGCAGCAGCACUAUCAGCAGCAACUGUACCGGCAGAGGACGAGAUUGUCUCGCAUUCUGACUCCAACUGUAACUUGAAGAAGCGAGUAAACUCCAUAACAUCUCAGGCAGAUCAGUCUCCUGAAGCUAGCAUAAUAUCAAAUAGUGCAUCCCAGUAUCAACCAGCAUCUGUUCCUCCACCAGUCCCGCCACCACCACCACCUGUUGGAGGCACAAGUAAAAUAGACCAGUAUUCCAGGAUCCUCUUUCCAGUGGCAUUUGCAGGAUUCAACCUGGUAUACUGGGUUGUUUAUCUUUCAAAAGACACUAUGGAAUUUUUUGAACCUACUGCAAUGCACUUUCGAAGUGACCUGGAGUCCAACUGAAGAACAGCUCAACAUUUCAAAGAAAUCAGUGGAGCUCAUGUGGGGUUGAAGGGUCUCCAAAGGAUUUGUCUAUUCACAGGUGCUCUCCGUUUUGAAACAUUGGAAAUGUUUAUAUUGGACAUCACCUGGAAACAAACUGGACAAAUGAAAAUGAUAGAAACUGUACAGGAUUCUAACAAUACUUUAAGAUAUCUUACAUUGAUUCUGCUGUAAAAGUUCUUGUUAAUUUAUUUUGUUCAAUUAUCAAAGAAUGUGCAUUUGAUACAAUUCUGUUUUAAAGAGUUAAAUGUUUACAUUGAUAUAAAAUGUCAACAACAGGAUUAUUUAAUUUUUUUU